CCCUGACUUGGCGAACCUCAUCAGACUCUUAUUUUGGGGUCGGGCUGCGAGUGCCCUUCUGGUCUGGAGACCAGCCAGCAGCACUCCAGCACCAUGGAUUACCUGCUUGGGACUGUAGUGCUGCUGUGUGUUGCAGUGCAGCUGGGAAGAGGAUUUGAGCCCAAGCACAACGUACCAAGACUAAAGCUGUCAUACAAGGAGAUGUUAGAGACCAGUAAUCUUGUCACCUUCAAUGGUUUAGCCAAUAGUUCGAGCUAUGAUGCGUUUCUACUGGAUGAGGAGCGGGGGAGAUUACUGGUGGGAGCAGAGGACCAUAUCUUCUCAUUUGAUCUCGUCAAUAUCAACAGAGACCACAAACAGAUUGUGUGGCCCGCCACCUUUUCCAAGAAAGAUGAAUGCAAGUGGGCAGGGAAAGAUCUAGGGAAGGAGUGUUCUAACUUCAUCCGGGUGCUUCAACCGUACAACCAGACCCACCUGUACAUCUGUGGCACGGGAGCCUUCCACCCCAUCUGUGCUUACCUUGAAAUGGGCAAGAGGGCAGAGGACAACAUCUUCCGACUGGGCGCGCAAUUUGAGAAUGGCCGCGGGAAGAGCCCCUACGACCCCAAAAUGCUCUCAGCGUCACUUCUGAUUGAUGGAGAGCUGUAUUCUGGCACAUCUGCUGAUUUCAUGGGGAGGGAUUUUGCCAUUUUCCGGACGCUUGGGGAUCAUCACCCAAUCAGAACGGAACAGCACGAUUCAAGAUGGCUGAACGACCCCAGAUUCAUAAACAUACACUUGAUCCCUGAGAGUGACAACCCUGAAGACGACAAGCUCUUCCUGUUUUUCAAAGAGAACGCCAUGGAUGGAGAACACACCGGGAAGGCUACUAUUGCCAGGAUAGGACAACUGUGUAAGAAUGACUUGGGGGGUCACCGGAGCUUGGUGAACAAAUGGACCACUUUCCUGAAAGCUCGGCUCAUCUGUUCAGUCCCUGGCAUCAAUGGCAUCGACACACACUUUGAUGAACUACAGGACGUGUUUCUCAUGAGCUCCAAAGACCCUAAAAAUCCCGUAAUCUACGCAGUAUUCACCACAUCCAGUAACAUAUUUAAAGGCUCAGCAGUUUGCAUGUAUAACAUGGCAGACAUCAGGAGGGUUUUCCUGGGCCCCUACGCCCACAGAGAUGGACCCAACUAUCAGUGGGUGCCUUUCCAGGGGAGAGUCCCUUAUCCUCGGCCUGGAACUUGCCCCAGCAAGACAUUUGGAGGCUUCGACUCCACCAAAGAUCUUCCUGAUGAUGUAAUCACAUUCGCCAGGGGUCACCCUGCCAUGUACAAUCCAGUGCACCCCAUUGGGGGGCGCCCCAUUAUGGUUCGGACAGAUGUGGACUACCAGUUCUCCCAGCUGGUGGUGGACAGGGUGGAAGCAGAGGACGGGCAGUACGAUGUCAUGUUCAUCGGAACAGAUGUGGGAACUGUGCUGAAAGUGGUGACAAUCCCCAGGGAGAGCUGGCACGACCUGGAGGAGGUUGUCCUGGAGGAGAUGACGGUCUUUAGGGAGCCUGUUGCUAUUACUGCUAUGGAGUUGUCCACUAAGCAGCAACAGCUGUACCUCGGCUCAAAUCUGGGCGUAUCGCAGAUGUCUUUACACCGCUGUGAGGUGUAUGGGAAAGCUUGCGCCGAGUGCUGCCUGGCCAGAGACCCUUACUGCGCUUGGGACGGCGCUGAGUGCUCUAGAUACUUUCCUACUGCCAAGAGGAGAACCAGGCGACAAGACAUCAGAAACGGGGAUCCUCUCUCACAGUGCUCAGACCUUCAGCAUCACGAUGACGUGGACGGCAUCGGAGACAACGUGGAGGACAGGAGCGUGUUCGGCGUGGAGAACAGCAGCAUGUUCCUGGAAUGUAGUCCCAAGUCUCAGAGAGCGCUCAUCUACUGGCAGCUGCAGAGAGCCAACGAUGACCGCAAGCAGGAGAUUAAGUUUGAUGACAGGAUGCUGCGUACAGACCAGGGUCUUCUGAUCCGCAGCCUGACUCAGUCUGACACAGGAGUCUACCACUGCCAGGCCAUCGAGCACGGCUUCAUCCAGCCUCUGCUGCGACUCAACCUUCAGGUCAUCCCCACACACAAACUGGGUGACAUUCUGCCCGGACUUCCUGGUUUAGGAGGUGGCUUGGGCCACUCAGCCAAGCACAGGGUGUGGUACCGAGACUUCCUGUCUCUAUUGGACCACCCGGAGCUAAACAGCGUGGAGGAGUUCUGUGACCGAGUUUGGAAGAAGGAGCGCAAACAGAAGAAAGCUAAGACUCCAAGCGGCAACAAUCAAGGCAAACCUAACGGUGGUGUCUUGAACUCUCCGUUACGGCCUAAAGCUUCGGCUUCCACCACUCAGAAGCAGCAAGCUGCCCCCCCACAUAGCAAGCCCUGGCUUCAGGCUGGAGCUCCCACGGUUGUUGGGCAAACACGGAGCCAGAACACCCAGAAAGGUCAACCAAAUCCGAGUGUGAUAAGCAGCCAGGCUGCUAAGAACAACCAGAAGAACCAAAAUGGGCAGAAGGGUCAGGGUGGACUAGCUGGCUCGCAGGUCGCCGGCGUGUCUCGGGGGAGCAGCCAACACACAGCCAAGUGGAGACGGCUGCAGGAAAGUAAGAAGGGACGCAACAGGAGGACCCACGAGCUUCAAAGACCACCGCGCAGUGUUUGAGAAUCAACACCGAGACUUACACACACACGAGCACAAAGCCAUGCAUCCACAAGAACGAGUUCCAGUGACGACCUCAUAACAGCAACCCAUCCAGCUCACUUUUCUUAGCUAAAAUAUGUGAACUGCACCCGUGAAACAACAACAAAAACUCUUACUCAAAGACACACUGAGGCACAAAACCUGUGGAAAAGACUGACAAGGACUGAAAACCAGGAAUACGUACUGUAAAUGUGAGGAUGUGGCUGUUUGCCUGGAAUACAACCUCUUGUACAUAAGCUACUAAAGAUGACUGGAACAAAAACAUUUUGACGUAUUUUGUCAAGAAAUGAGUGGAUUUGAUACGCUGAGCGGACAGCCAGGUGUGCAGACACAUAUCGGAGCAGAACUGAUGCAUUGGCUGCAACUUUGCCUGUUCAAAAUCAUGGAAACUGGUUUAAAACUCUUAUUGUGAAGAACGAUUUAAAGAGGAAAUAAAUCCUCAAGCAGGGCGACGACAGCACCCUUAAAGGUGGGAAGAGAAGGGUUCAUCUUUGCGUGUGCAUGGCUUGCACCGUGUUUUCAGACAAACGGGUGCAUAAAAAAACAUGCAAACUCAUGCCACUGUGCAGACGUCCAUCAAAACUUCACGGAGGCUGGGAAAGCGUUGUGCAUGUUGUCAGUGUUUUUAAUAAGCUAAUUUUUUGUUGUUUCACCCCACUUCCAAAAAAAAAAGUCGCAUUUUUUAAAAAUUGAUAUUUUCUUUCCCUUCAAAACCUGCGCUUCUACUUUACAGGUGAAGUGCCAGGUCUUUUGAGUAACUUAUGCUUUUGUUUUUCCAGAAAUUUAUCAAACUGGGCCAAAAUCCCAGUUAUAGGCUAUGCUAAAAACCCAGUCUGAAAGGAGGCUGUCCGUUUUUUGUGUACAUAUAUACAACAAAUUUAAAUCUGUGUAUAUACAGUACAAAUACAGUACAAGAGCACCACUUGACUUUUAUUUAUUGCUCAUUGUUUUGUGAAAGGGUUGCAUUUAUUUUUGAUAUUUUGGUAUAUUUCUCUCGUCAGUAUUCUGGAGAACCGACAGCAGCAGCGACAAAAUCCCAUAAACGGACCAAGCGGCGAAGAUUAUUUUGAAGAGUUCCUUAUUUCGCGGACAUAAAGUUGAUUAAGUUGAGCACACCAACCUUUUGCGUCCAUUAUGUUUGACAACGAUAAGCACAAUUAACUUUUUAUUUUGUCCCAGUUCCAGUCAACAUGUCUUCAUUUCACCCCGUAGCUGUUCUAUGUGUAAGAUAAUUCUCCAAACGUGAAAACAUUAGCUGUGAAUCUGUAAGAAAUAGUGGAGAAACAUUUUAAAUCUAGUCUGAGGAGAAGACACAUUAUACUGCAUGUGAAUGCUACCUACAGUAAGUGCAUCUUUUCUAUUGUCUUUUUACGUGUUUUUGUGUGAGAGGUUAAAAAAGCCCUGACUUAAAGCAAGGUGUGACUUACAAUUUUGUCCUUUCUUUGCCAAAACAGUGAAAACUACCAAUUAUAUUGUGGCCAAAGCAGUAUCAGAUCCAAGAUCCUGACAUCUUUGAUUCAAAGAUGGCGCCUCCCGUCUCCCACUUCUACUCCUCACUCCUCAACACUUAAAGAGUAAAGUGUCGAUGCAAUAAAUUAGAGCAGAUUCUGAACCGAUGCUCACAGGUUGGAGUUACGGCUGCUGUAACGCAGUUCCUUCUGGCAUGCAUUCAGUUGUCUAAAUAAACAUCUCUGUUACAAAAAAAAAAAAAAA